CUUAAGCCACUUGAUUUUGGACUAACGCGAUCCCAGCACUGGCUGCGUGACCUGAUCAUCUCACAAAGUUAUCUGGUGAAGAUGUCUGUUGUCAAUUCUAAGCCUAUGAUGGACAUCGUUCAUUAUCAUGUCAGUUUGGUCAUCUUCUGAAUCUAGCAUGGUUAGCGACGACCAAUUUCCGGAGGCAGAGCCAUAUGAUUGGCACAGGCGGGCUGGGCCGUCUACACGGCCCGAUCCCCAGCAAUCUUGGUAUCCCCCAAACAAUUAUUUUCAAUAUCCAGGAAUUGCUCCAUACUCGGCCAAUAACUUAAUGUCAUAUGCACAGCACCCAGCACAAAAUCCAACCUUCAGAGCUAGAUGGGAUGCGUUCAAUCUCUUUGACGAGGAGGAGCAGGAGCGAAGAAAGAAGGGAAAAGAAAUCAUGCCAAUUCGGCCAGUCAUGAACGGACCGCCGCCGCGUUGGACUUUUUAUCCGGGAGGGUAUGGACCGGCACCAUAUUACGCACCUUUGGGGAAUCCCUUUCCGUCUGGCUUACCGCAAUCCCAGCCCUUGCCAUUGCCUCUCCCAACUGCAGGAAACUCGGGGGACACGUCGAAAAAGCACACCAAGCAUGUCCGUCAACCCGAUCAAGUGCCGGGGACGCGUCAAGGGGAGGGUACACGAGGCGGAGAAAGCAAGAUUAUUCAGAAAAUUGAUGGCAUUCUAACCCCGAGUUCUGAAGACCUGACUGUGCACCUUACGAUGCACCUUGAAGAGGAUUUAGAGGAUUUCCUUGACGAAUUGAGUUGCUUAUCUAGGCUCGGACAUUUUUCGUCUGCGCAAAAGUUCUUCCAAGAGCACCUGCAUCACCAUAUAGAUAACCCUUAUGUUCUUGUUUGCUGGGCCGACCUUUUGCUUCGUCAGGGAGACUUCAAAGGUGUUACGCUUAUCAAGGAUGACGCGAUGUAUAAGAACGAGGGUGAACAGUCAACUGCGGAAGAGUUGAAGCUUCUGCGACUCAAUUGGGAGCUUAUUCAAACACUGGCGAAGAGCAUGACAUUGGAUACUAAUAGUGCUGCUUCUACUGUCUCGGAGGAGGCAAUUGAAGUCUUAACUGCGAUAGCUAAGGGUUCGACUCUGGAUGGCUCUAUAAGUUCGAUUGAAAUCGAAAUUAUUGCCCUUGCCCUUAGACUUGCUGGCCAUCCUGUCCUCAUUUCUACAUGGGUGAAGCAUGGCGCUAAGGAUAUAAAUACCCCUUUUUCGCGUCUUUACGGGACUCUACUUCGCCAAGGACGCAUCUGGGAUUUCCACGAUCUUGUUGUCUUUUGGCCUAAAAUUGAGGAUAUAAAGACUUUACUACAAGAUAUUUUCGACAAAGAUUUGAUUCCCAGCUUGGAGGCGAUGAUAUCAGACUGGUUAGAAUCUAUACAUGGUUACGAUUCCUCGACUACGCUGGGCUUAUUAAGCAUAAUGACUUAUGUUAUGUUGGAGCCCGUGCAAGCUUCGGAAAAAGAAUGCAUCGAUAUUCUCAAGUUGUGCCUGCCUCUAGCCAUAUCAGUUGCUAAAAAUGACCCCAGUGGUCUAAAGUCGCGACCGUACUUGAGAGUCCUGCUCGCGAAAUCUCGAUUCUCCGAAACGGCAAGCCGACAAGCAAUGGAUAGCCUAUCGGCCCAAUUGCAGUCAGCGCAGGGUGUAUCUUAUUGCCCUGAUGUUGCAUUGUUACCAAUAUACGUGCCAUUCGAGAAUGAAACGCCUCAAUGGGCGGCGAUGGACCAACCCCGCGAACUGAAAGACCCAAUUAGACUAGUUUUGAGAAGUGUCGUGGAGCUAGGUGAUUUGCAAACUGAAGUUAUCGCCCGACGGGAGCUCAUACGACUCUCGAAAAACCCACGGGAUGAAUUUGACUUGCUUUGCACAUUGCAAUUGGCUCGCCAAGGUGACCUAAGUGGUUAUGGCCUAACACUCGCUUCCAAGUAUCUAGUGUCAAACACGAAGGAGGCAAAGGAAGAACUGGCAAUUUUAAUAUCACGACUCUUAUCAAAGAUCACAGCCAUCAACUUCUGGGACCCUUCUUGUGAGUGGAUUCUCAACAUGCUAUUGUAUAAGCUAGAAGGAAAAUCGCCUUCGAUAAUCCAAGAGAUGUUGGAAAGAAGCCAUGCCAAUUAUCAGCAGAUGGAUGACUCACUGCUCCGAGAGAUUUCAAGAAAGAUGCCGAUAUUGAAGGAUUGGGUAAGUCAACAGACCAGAGUUUCCACAGAGGACCGGCCUAGAAAUACGGCGCCGCGGACGAGGUCUGCCUCCCGCCGAAGUAAAGAAUUGAAACCAAACAAAACGAAGAGCCCAGGAAUUGCACAGGCAACGGGACAGCCAACUACCCGAACACAGCGUGAAUCGUUUCACGAGAGGAGAGAAGCGCAGGACACUCCCCUGGCGACGGGUUCGAAAUCCACGGAUAAGCGACAAGAUCAAGAGCCCAACCUAGAUGGUGCACAUCCACACACGCAGAUGCCGAAUGAUGAGCAAAUAGGUACUGCAGACGAGCCAAGAAAUGUCCAAGAAAUCCCCAUCAGUACAUUUUCUAGACCGAACGAUGAGUCUCAAGGGGGACGUGAAUCGGUGGAUGUCAAUAUAUCUCAAGCCACGAGUCUUCCAAUCGAGUCUCAGAAUCGCCGAAGGUCGCUCCAUACUCAAACAUAUAGGGCUGCGAAUCUCCUAGCAAGGGAAAGACCUAAAGAUGACAUCAAGCUCGCAGAAGAUAUAAGAAAAAGGUUGGCAGCUGAGUAUGAUAGAAAACUUGACGCCGAAAGGAAUUUUGAACAGGAGCGGCAAAAGGAGCGGAGCGCUUUACUCGAAGAGCUUAAGAAAGAAGUUGAGGCGAUCAGAAGAGAAGCAGUAGAGCAAGCCGAGAAGAAAGCCCGCGUAGAAGCCCAAGAGCGCGCCGAGCAACUAAGAUGGGAGAGACAACUGCAGGAGAGCAAGCUGCAGAAGGAAAUAGCGACGGUGAAAGCUAAGGCGGUCGAAGCUGAGCGAGAUGCCAGAUUCGAGGCGGAAAGGGAAGCAGCUCUCCGACAGGCAGAGAAAAAGAUCAAGGAGGAAAUUGAGAUCCAGAAGAUGAAAGAUGAAGAAGCACAAAAAAAGGCCGCACACGAGCGCCACCAAAAGAUGGAAGCGGAGAGAAGAGCGCGCGAAGAAGCCGAAGCAAAGAAAAGGUACAAGGAGGAACUAGAGCGGAAAGCCGCAGCCGAGAGACACGAAGCGGACAAAAAAGCGCGCGACGCUGCCACGAGGCAAGUCGAGGAAGAGGAGACGCGGCAAUGGGCCGCGGAACAAGCGCAAAGAGACCUGGAGACGCAGAACCAGAUCCAUUUCAAGGACGCGAUAGGGCGGAAAUUCGCGAUCCCGUUCAGCGAAGGGCGCACGUGGCAGCGUAUGCGAGAACUUAUCGAGGCGACAUUUGCUCAUAUUGACGGCCUCGCGGCCGAGGUCCAAGCAGGCCACUAUGACUUAGUCGAUCCCGACGGAAGCAUCAUCUUGCCGCAGACCUGGGACCAGAUCAUCCAGCCUGGCUGGAACAUUCAGAUGCAGAUGUGGCCAAUGGUACCCGGGCCAGCGCAGCCAGCCGCGGUCCCACCGCCGCCGGUACCAUUUACAAUACCAAGCGUCGUCCCGCCACCCCCCGCCCCUCCUGUCGCGAACCAAGGCGUGACGGUCAUCGAAUCCGAGGGUCAAGGACGGGUCUCGUCGGAACACGCUGACGCUGACGAUGACGACGAUAUAUCAUCUGGUUACGGCUCGGAUCCCGGCGCGCGGAGACGGUCGCCUCGGAAGAAGAUAGCGCAUGCGUUUGCGGCGCUGAAGGCGAGUGUUCUCCGCAGACGUCGGCGCAGCGCAUCUAUUACGUCGACGGAAUCAUCGCUGCGCAGCUUUGACGAUUGAUUGAUGGGCGUAUCUGCUAAGCUGUAUGUAGCUCUGCUUACAUCGUCGGCGCGGGAACAAAUACCAAAAAGCGAGGCAAUAUCCAGUUUGGAAAAGUCAUGUUCUGUAUAUAUUUGAGCUCUAUUGUCAACGUCUUUGAUACCCCCCAUGCGAUUGAUUCUUGUGGGCAAUCCCUGAGACACCCUAGCUGGAUUUGCUAUAUCCUAUUUCAUAUCUCGAGACACGGAGAGGCGAAUGUGCGGCAACUAAUUAGAAAAUCUGGCUUAUGUAUGUAUAUGAGAAGGACAUGUAUAUGUUGAUAUGAUGCAAUGAGUUUGCUGAAAUAUUGCGAUAGUGCCA